AUGGAUGCGAACAAGCCCAAGCAAGACAUCCUGGACCGUGCAAGAUCGCGAACGGUGAUCAUCACAGGAGCAGGGGGAGGUAUCGGUGCGGCAACGGCCAGGGAGUUUAACAACCGUGGUGCCACAGUGGUCCUUGCCGAUAUUCCAGCCCUCGAGAGCAACGCCCGCGAGCUGAUUGCGUCUUUCUCGUAUCCGGACCAUGCUGUAUUCAUUCCAGUCGAUAUACGAGAUUGGCAGCAAAUGCAAAGACUCUUUCAGCAAACUAUUCAGAUGUUCGGGAGUGUGGACACCGUGGUGGCCAAUGCCGGCGUCAUGGAAUCGGAACAUGUUCUAGACAUGGAGGAUGUGGAUAGCGAGGGAAACCUGCGCGAGUCCCAAGAGGCAUCUAGGGUCAUUGAUAUUAAUAUCAAGGGAACUUUGAAUAGUACGGACCCCACGCUUGACAUGGGUACAGCUACUGACAGUGUCUACUGCUGGACUACUAGCAUUGCGGCUGGCCAUGCACCACAUGCGAUUAUCAUCCAACACGAGGACGGGGCAACCGUCCAUUGUUAUGGUGGCAUCUACAUCGGGGUACUUUGGGGGGACUGGGCUGCAAAGCGUUAUAACAUCUCCAUCACUGCUGUUGCUCCUUUCUUCACACCAACUGCGAUAACCUCAGGCCUAACGGAACGCUGGAAGGCAGCUGGAUUGGAAGCCAACACGCCAGAGAUGGUGGGGAAGGUGAUAUUUGGGUCGGCUCUAGAUGACAACAACAGUGGCAGUUGCCUAUUGGUUGCUGGAAAGUUUCUACGCGAGCUAGAGCUGACCCGGAGCAAUUUAAUCCCGGAGUGGCUAGGAGGGGAUGUGAAGGAGUUCAUGGACAGAGCGUUUAAUGUAAUUCAAGAAACAGGCGGCUAUCAACUGCCAAAGAUCAGGGCGAAGGUGUGA